AUGCCCCGGAAGCCGGGCCCCGCCCCCGGCGCGCGCGCGCCCUGUCGCGUGGAAGGUGAGCGCGGGGCAGGCCGGGAAUGCGAGUCGGGAUUGGCCGGCGCGCGCCCCGCUUUCCAGGGUGCCGGGCAGCAGGAAGCAGCGGCGGUGGAGCGAGAAGCGGCGCGGCGAGGAGCUGCUCCCGGUGAGUCCCCGGCGGAACCGCCUCCCCACCUCUUGGAGCGCCGCGUCGUCGGGCCGCGACCCGGCCGGGAAUUGAAAAGGGAUCGAUUUAAUGCGCGCUUUGAUGACGUAAUAAGGAGUAACGAGGCGGCGGCGCUGCCGGGCGCCAGGCUCGGGCUGGCAGCGGUCAGGUCCCCUCCCGGGACGCCCCGCGGGACCCCCGUGCCUGCCGGCGCCGCCCGCACCGCGCCCGGAUCCCCCGUGCGCGGCCAGCCCUGGGCGCGGGCCAGGCCUUCCGCCUUCGCCCGCUCCGGGCACCCGGCGGCUGCUCAUUGGCUUCUGCGCCCGGGGCGAGCGCUGCCUGCGCCUCGCGAUUGGCCAGGGCCCCGCUGA